CUUCCUUACCAGCAGUGAAGAAAGUGCAGUUUUAGACUCAGCCCCUGGUGUUUACAGGAGCUGCUGCGGACUCUGACCCCCUACGCAGCCGCGCCUUAAGUCCAGCGUGUUUGUGCAGAGACAGCCCACCGCUGACCUCUUUCUCUCCUCGUACAAUGACAGAUGGUCCAGUGCACCGCUUUGAGGAACUGCAGAAACUUGUAUGACUGAUCUCUAGUCGGAUCCGGCUGAAGCAUGGCGCUGCGGGUGCACCUCCUGGCCUGCGCCUUUGGCCUGGGCUCCUGGGUGGCGGUGAACGGCCUGUGGGUGGAGCUUCCCCUCAUUGUUAACGUUCUGCCUGAAGGCUGGGACCUCCCCUCGUACCUCGCAGUCAUCAUCCAGCUGGCAAACCUGGGCCCCCUGCUGGUCACCCUCAUGCACAAACUGCGCCCCGGUCAUCUCAACGAGCGCACCGUCAUUUACUUCGUCCUCUCCAUCGGCAUCGCCUCCUGCAUCCUGCUCGUCUUCUUCUGGGACAAAGUGACGGUUGUGGCGGGGGCGACGCGGAGCACCGCCUUCUUCAUCAUCACCUUCUUCCUCUCUCUGGUGGACUGCACGUCUUCAGUGACCUUCCUCCCUUUUAUGAUGCAGCUUCCAGCUAAAUACAUCACCACCUACUUCAUUGGAGAAGGGUUGAGUGGUUUCAUCCCCGGUGUCGUUGCUUUGGCGCAAGGCGUCGGCAUGGCCAAGUGUGUUAACAGCUCUUCCACGCCAGGAAACCACUCAGACAUAGAAGUGUGGUCAUUGCAAACACAGUAUCUUCCUCCAAACUUCUCCAUAAAGGUGUUCUUCUCCUUCCUGGCGGCCAUGAUGUGCAUUAGUUUGGCUGCAUUCUUUUGGCUGAACAGCUUGUCUCGGACAUACGAGCAGUCUACGGAAAACCUUGUGCCGGACACGGUGCGCUCAGUCAGUUCUGGGCUGGACAACCCAGCAGCAGAAACUGAUGGCAAGAAAAGUGAGCAGCAUGGAGAAGAUAAGAGCAAACCUCUGCUGGCUGAACCACAACAGUCCAUUUCCCAGCUGGUCUUCAUGUAUCUCCUUGUGGUUUGGAUAAACGCUCUGACUAAUGGGGUGCUGCCAUCUGUCCAGACGUACUCCUGCAUGUCGUAUGGGAAUCUUGCCUAUCAUCUGUCUGCAGCUUUGGCCUCAGUGGCCAAUCCAGUGGCCUGCACUAUAGCAAUGUUCUUCCAGAUCAGGUCUCUGACGUUUCUUUGCGUCCUGACCGUGUUGGGUUCAGGCUGCGGCGGCUAUAACAUGGCCAUGGCAGCUCUGAGUCCCUGUCCUUUGCUGCGUGGGUCUGCUCUGGGAGAGGCGAUCAUUGUCCUCUCUUGGCUCUUGUUCACUGGGACGCUGUCUUACGUUAAAGUGAUGGUAGGAGUCAUCCUGAGAGAUCGCAGCCACAGCGCCCUCGUGUGGUGUGGAGCUGCAGCACAGAUGGGUUCGCUGGUCGGCUCCGUCACCAUGUUCCCGCUGGUUAACGUUUACCGGCUCUUCAUGUCGGGAGAUUUCUGCAACACUGAGUGUCCGUUAUGACAGACAGCCUGAAAGUCGCAAGACUCUCAACUACAGAAACAGAUCUGCGUUUCAGUAUUUAAUUACUUUAUAGCAGCGUAAUACCAAAAUGUUUGACAGUGUUAGGGCCAGGCUAAGAAAAAAUUAAAAUAAAAGAUAACACUUUAUUUGAAGGUGUGUACACAUGACAGCGUCAUGUCAGUUUUGUGUACACCAAUUCAAAUAAAGUAUUACAGAAUAAAAACAAUAAAAUUACAAAAACAUGGCAUGAAAUUACAAGAAUGUUAGAAUGAAUGUGUGAGAAGAAAGUAAAAAAAAAAAAAAGCAAGUAAAGUUGUGGUAGUAAUAUGAGACUAAAGUCACAGAAUCACAUGAAUAAAGUCAGAAUACUACAAGAAAAAAGUCAAAAUAAUAUGUAGAUAAAGUUGUAAAUGGUCAUAAUAUUUUGAGAAUAAAGUCAUAAAAUUACCAUCAAUAAGGUUGUAUUAAACAGCAUCAAGUUAUUAUAAUGUCUUAUUCAGUAUACGCCUUUUUGUAAAAUCAAUUAUCAAAGUAUAAUUUCACAAAACACCAUAGCGGUAAGACAGCUUUUAUGUGUCGGAUUUAUAAUUUCAUUCUAACAAUAAUAAUGUCACUUUUUUCUUGUAUUAUUUUUACGUCUUUCUCAUAAUUUUAAUUUAUUAUCUAGUCUUAAACUUGGCUCUAUUCUCUAAAACUCCAUGACUUCUUGUGCAACAAUUAUACAUUAUUUUAUUAUUACUUUUAAACACACAGCCUUCAGUAGCUGUCAAUCUGAAACUUAAGAACCGUCUGCCAUCAGUUCACAGGACUAAAAUCAUGAUUAAUGCUGAUAAUUUUCACUCUGCUAAGUUUGUAUAGAUGUUUACCAUUAUGCAGAGAAAAUCUAUAACCUUUAAAGUGAAUAUCUAUUGAAUGGAAGAAUCCUGCAUUGUACUUUUCUGACCAGCAGAUGUCACAAACGCACUUUUAAAACGUGAAUACAUUCAUCAGUGAAAAGCAUCGAUUCCUGUUUAACUCCCACCUGUAACCUCAACAUUUUAAUGCACUUUGAAACUUAAUAACUUAAAUUAUUCUUCUUUACGUCUAAAUCAACAUUUCAGGUGAAAUCAUAUUUUUGGGGAUUUUUGCUCCUAAUUUUGCUUUUAAUCUCAAUCUUCAUUCAGUGUGUUGUAGCCAGAUUAGUAAAGUUUCUUCAAGGUUGAAUAUAAUCAAUUUAGGACCUUUUAUGGACUUUUAAUCCUAGUUAUAAGUCAUGAGCUGCAAAAAAGAUAAAAAAUAUGUUUAAUUUAAUACCUCAUAUAAAAUGCAGCUUUGUUAAUUUAAAAUGUUUUUCAGCUCUGUGAAAGUGCUUAUGGAAGAUAUUAAUAAUAAUAUAAUAGUUUCAGUAACUUAGUACAGUGUAAAAAAGAUAAAUGAGAACAAUGAGUGAAUAAACACACAUAUUUUGGAUAUAUUUAAAUAUAAUUUAGGAACAAUUACAGAUGAUCUGACCUGAUUUAAGAUUAAAUGAAAUAAAGGUUGUGUUUAGACUGUGCAGAAACCCAGUUAAUCAUAAACACUAAAUAUUCAAUUACAUUAAAAGUCAAAGGUACUUUAUUAACCCUAAAGUAAAAAUUAAUAUUAUUGUAAUUUUGUUUUUCAAAUAUUUCAGAAAAGCUUUGGAAACUCCAAAUAAACAUGUGUCCACUGUACAGUGAUGCUAACUGCAUUAAAUUAAAAUAUAUUACUUUAAUGUCUAAAACAUCUGUUGUAAUUUUGUGGUUGUUACAAAAUAAAAAUAAAACUUGUUUUACAGCAAA